UUACCUCCCGUAGAUUUUGUAACAAACUUGAGAUUUGACAGCGUUUUACUUCUACUUUUGACUAUUCUGUAAUGGAAAAUGAUAAAUAUACGAAGGAUGGCUUCUACUUCUAAUAUACAGACAGCUUUAAAAGCAGUAAAUGCAAAUAUCCAGAGUCAGAUAUCAAAGAAAACAGGGGGUGCUCAAAAGGUGAGACUAGUUGCAGUAACAAAAACCAAACCAGUAGAAGACAUUAUUACAGCAUAUGAAUGUGGUCAGAGGCAUUUUGGUGAAAAUUAUAUCAUUGAACUUGAAGAAAAAACAAGACAUCCAAGAAUCCAAGACAUAUGCAGAGAAAUUAAAUGGCAUUUCAUUGGGCAUUUACAAACCAAUAAGGCCAAAAAUCUAGCAUCUAUUCCAAAUCUGUAUAUGUGCGAAACUGUCCACUCUGAGAAGCUAGCAAAGAAGUUAAACAAAGAAUUAGAAAAAGCAGGAAAAACAGAAAAGUUAAAAGUACUUGUUCAAGUCAAUACAAGUAGAGAAGAAAAUAAGAAUGGUGUAUCAACAUCUAAGGUUACUGAUCUAGUCAAUCUUAUCCGGACCAAAUGUCCUGAGUUAGAAUUUAUAGGAUUAAUGACCAUUGGUUCAUUUGACCACAGUUUAGCUGAUGGUGUCAACCCAGAUUUUGUUAAAUUAUUAAAAUGUAGAGAUGACGUUUGUAGAAGAUGUAACCUGCAGGUAGAAGAUGUAGAACUCAGUAUGGGGAUGUCACAUGACUACGAACAUGCUAUUGAGCUAGGCAGUACCAAUGUCAGAGUAGGGAGUACAAUAUUUGGAGCCAGAGAUCCUCCUAAACAGUCACAGAACCAGGAAGUUGUACAAGAAAAAGUGGAGGAAAGCCAACCUCAGGAACCAAAUGAUUCACAACACAUUACUAAGGCAACAGAUCGGGAGGAUGUUUUAGAGAAUGAAACAGCAAGACUUCGGGAAUUAGCUAUCUAAAUCAAAUCUAUUUUCUUGAAAAGGACUUAUUUUAACUAUUUUGAAAGAUUGUUUGAUACAUGUCAUGUUAAAUCUUAGAACUGUUUUUUAGAAAUAUGCACAUUGUUAGUUCAACUAAAAAUUUUAUCAUAUAAAUUAAUUUCUUAGGAAAAAAAAUAAGUUUAACUCUUCAAGAUAAUAAGAGUAAAUUCUGAAUACAUUGUAUGAUUUCACAUAAGUUUUCAAAAUUAAAUCUUCAAUAUAUCUGUAUCAAUCUUUAAUCAGAGUAUCUUUAUAGGGCUGUUUUAAAUUUAAACUCAUGGGGGUUUGGAGGGACUCAAAUUAAUCAGUUUUAACAUCCAGCAAAUUAUUUAAUCACUUUUGUCAUGCUAUUAUCAAAUAACCAAGCUUUCAAAAUUUAGUUUUCUUGAGUUAUUUGCAUAUAGCUUAUAAAAUGUGACAAAACAAAAGGGAAUUUUAAGGAUGAUUUUUUAUUUUAAAAUUUAGACAACAAAUAGGCAACAAGGGUAACAUAGUUUUAAAUUCGUCAUAAAGUAUUUUUCAUGUAUAGGGCAUAUUUUAAUUUAAAUUAUAUUUUUACUUUAAAGAAAGUAUUAAUUUAUGUAAUAGAUCUUAUAAUAUUGUAGAGUCAACAUUAUAAACCAAAAGAUAUAUGAAUGAACUCAAUACUUGUAUAUAGGUUGUCAUUUCUGUUAUACAGUUGAAGUUGUUAUAUCUGUUUUUUUCUGUUACAAGUGGUAAGAUCCAAGUGCCAUUUUGAAGUGCAGUUAAAGAAGCAGGUACUGUUUUUGUAGUGCAAUUUAAAAAUUUCUAAAUUAGAAGUUUAAUUUCAAAUUAUUUUGUUUUUCUGAAUGACCAGCAAGUUCAAUUCUCUAAUGAAAAGUGUGAGAAGGAUCAUUCUGUUUUUCCCUAUGUAUUCCUGAAGGAACUAUCAACAAACAGAACAAUUUUAAAAACAAGAUGAAGUCAUUUAAAGUAUUCAUACAAUACAGAGAAUACUAAAGAUUUCCUAGAAUGUUGUACAUAAGUAUAGCAUGAAAAGUUACAUUCAACUAUAUAUACACAUUCUUCUCAAAUAUUUCCCAGUUUGCCAAGGAUUCAAAAGUUUAUGAAGUUAUACAUUCACACUUAUAUCUAGGAAUUAUAUGUGAACGCCUGGGGUCUCUUAAAGCUUAGAUUGUCUAAUAUUUCAAAUUCUUUUAGUUCUAAUACUUUAAAAUGAAAAAAAGCAGUGAAUGCUUGCAAGGGCAUACACAUACUGGAAUUUUUUUUAUAAAGAUUUGCAAUUGAAGUGUGAAUAUACUUUGUUAGUGUGUUAAUAAUUCAAAGUUUGCUGUUGUUUUAACUUUUUUUGAUUAAUGUUUUAAUUCAACAAUUUAACCUUGGUUUUUGUCAUGCCUUUAACAACAGCAGGAUAAACAUAGGGGUUACUUUCAAGUUGACAUAAAAAUGACAAAUACCUGUAUAUCUUGUCCUCUAUCAGUGAGGCAAAUCAACUUUUGCAUGGAAGUAUCUUGCUAUAAAACCAUGUCAGCCAAUUAUUGCCAAUGAAUUAUGAUCUCAGUUUUCAUGCUUUUUCCACAUUAAGUCUAUACAGGAAAGGUCAACAGUACUCAAAAAAAAUAUUCGAUGAAAGUACUAUUUAUGUAUGUCCUUGUGACAUCCGUCACAUUUUUAUCCUCCAGUAUUUAGGUGAAUUCUUUUGGUUUUUGUUGAACUAUUGGACAGGUCAACAACAAUUGGUAUUUACAUUUGUUACAAAUAUUUAUGUUAACCUCGUUUAAAAUUACUGUGUGCAUUUUAAAGAAUUUCACAAAAAUUCCUCCAUAAAAGUUGUAUAAACAAAAGACAGCUGAUAGUUUAAAUGUGAAUUCAUUAAUAGGAAUAGCUCUCCAUGUUGCAUGUUAUUUGACCUUAACUUAGAAUAGAAGUUUAUUUAAUUAUUGAAAAUAAAUAUUUUUGUAAACAGGUGAGACAUUUCAUGUCAACUUGAUACUGAGUGAAUAAUUUAUUCUUAUGAAUAUGUUUUCUACAUGUUCUUAAUAUUUAAGAUUUACAUUAAGAAUGUGAUUUUUGUAUUUUUGAUGAACAAUAAAUCAGUUUUCACAAAUAUUGUUCAACCUCCAA